CAGUCACAUGUCAUCACAGUGGAAAGUACAUAUGCAACUAUUCUUAGCUCUGGAAUGUAUACACUGUCUCCCUGCCCAGUGCUUCUUUCCCGAAGUUCUAGAAAACUGCGAAAGCACCGUUAGCAUAAACAAAUCCAGAACUCUCCCAGGACAAAUCAUUUGCCAACUGAAGGAAAGGCCUGGGUUUAUGGUUUCACUUGGAGCAGAGGUGGAAGCUCUCCGGAGGGACCAGCCGGACCAGGCAUCGGUGGAUGUCACUGCAGCAAACCAAGAUGAUCUGAAGAUGCUAUUUGCCUAUUACCUUUGGGAGUAAUCACAACUGGGAACAAAAAACAAAACAAAGCAAAACAAAACAAAAAACAACAAAAAAAGAGGUGUCGGCUGUGAGGUCUGGGGUGUAGGUGGCUGCUCUUUCCAGUCUUCACUAAGCAACAUUCUGGGUGAAAUCCAUAAGCAUCUUGGUGGGUGGACAUAGAUGCACUAAGGCUGAGAGACAGCGCAGGCCAACCCUUCGGCACAUGCUACCCCUUGGGACCUCCGCCCCCCCUGGCAGGAUGGACGAGGAGUUGCCAGAUGGGCUGCUCUUCAAAGACCAUGACUUCUCCUCUGAAUUGUUGAGGCAGCUCAAUGGCUUCAGGCAAAACAGGAUGCUGACCGAUGUGAGCAUCUGUACGGGGACCCAGGAGGUCCCGUGCCACCGAAGCGUCCUGGCUUCCAGCAGCCCCUACUUCAGAGCCAUGUUCUGUAGCAACUUCCGGGAGAGACGUGAGGCCAAGGUCCAGCUGAAAGGCAUCGAGGCCGGGACCCUGGAGCAGAUCGUCUCGUAUGUGUACACCGGGCAGGUGCGCAUCACCGCGGACAACGUCCUGCCGUUGAUGGAGGCAGCCUCCAUGCUGCAGUACCCCAAGCUGCUGGAGGCCUGCUCCUCCUACCUCCAGAGCCAGCUGACCCCCAGCAACUGCCUGGGCAUGAUCAGACUCUCUGAAAUCUUAAGUUGUGAGACCCUCAAGAAGAAAGCCCGGGAGGUGGCCCUGACGCGUUUCCCAGAGGUGGCCACGUCGGCCGACCUGAAGGAGCUCUGCGCCCUGGAACUGAGAGACUACCUGGGGGACGAUGGGCUCUGUGGGGAGGAGGAAAAGGUGUUCGAGGCCCUCAUGGUUUGGGUCAAGCAUGACCUCCAGGCCCGGAAACGACACGUGCAGGAGCUGUUCGAGCAGGUCAGGCUUCAGUACAUCCACCCGGCCUUCUUCCACCACUUCAUCGCCAACGAGGCCCUCCUACAGUCCUCGCCCUCGUGCCGGACCAUCCUGGAGACAGCCAAGAGGCAGAUGUUUGCCUCAUAUGUCACCACCAGUGCCCCAGACCUCCAGCCUCCAUGGCAUGUCCCCCCAAGAACCUCUUAUCAAGAUUUCCUCAUCCUCUUGGGCGGAAGGAAGGACAACCAAGAGACCACCAGGGAUGUUCUGCUGUACAACAGACAGACCAACCAGUGGGAGAACCUUGCCAAACUCCCAACCCGGCUGUACAAGGCCUCAGCUGUCACCUUGCACCGCAGCAUCUACGUGCUAGGAGGCAUGGCUGUCGGUGCAGGGAAGAAUGUGCCCAGCCACAACGUCUACAUUUACUCCCUGAAGCUCAAUCAGUGGAGGCUGGGGCAGCCCAUGCUGGUGGCCCGCUACUCCCACAGAAGCACUGCCCAUAAGAACUUCAUCUUCUCCAUCGGGGGGAUUGGGGAAGGGCAGGAGGUCAUGGGCUCCAUGGAGAGAUACAACAGCAUCUUCAACAUCUGGGAAAGUAUGGCCAGCAUGCCGGUGGGGGUCCUCCACCCUGCAGUCGCUGUGAAAGACCAAAGACUCUACCUUUUUGGGGGAGAGGACAUCAUGCAAAAUCCUGUACGCCUUAUCCAGGUUUAUCACAUUUCCAGAAACACAUGGUUCAAAAUGGAGACGAGAAUGAUCAAGAAUGUGUGUGCCCCCGCAGUGGUGCUCGGGGAGAGGAUUGUUAUCGUAGGAGGUUACACAAGGAGGAUUCUUGCUUAUGACCCUCAGUCUAACAAAUUUGUCAAGUGCGCGGACAUGAAGGACCGGAGGAUGCAUCACGGGGCCACGGUGAUGGAGAACAAGCUGUAUGUGACCGGGGGCCGGCGGCUGACCACAGACUGCAACAUCGAGGACUUGGCCUCCUUUGACUGCUAUGACCCCGAGACAGACACCUGGACGUCCCAGGGACAGUUGCCUCACAAACUCUUUGACCACGCCUGCCUCACUCUGCAGUGCAUACCCCAUAUCCACACCUCCCCAUGAAGCUUCCAGAAACCAAGGGUCUUUGUCAAGAUCCUUUCUGUUGCAAGAGAUGGAAGCCCAACUCCAAGGAGCUCAACCCCACAAGGAUGCAGGGAGUGCCCACAGGACUGGAAAUCCCAGAGCCCAGAAGCCUGAAAGCAGGCAUAUUGUUGGCAGAACUCUUCACACCCCCACCUUCUCUCCCCCUCUCUCCCCACUUUCCCUCCUUCUCUACCUCAUCUCUGUCAGACGUCAUGCUACAAGCAAGCUGCUGUAUCCACAAAGUAUGAAGACAAUGGCAACUGCUAAUCCUAGACUCACAUUUUCUAACGUUGCCUUUUCACAAGGCAAGAACUUUACCGUUUUCCAUGUAUUAACCCUGAAAAUAAUCCCAACUGGCCAUUUCUUAAUUCCCUGCCUUCCUCUUGAGCCAAUCAUUGUUUCCAGGGCUUGUGCUGCUAUAACUGUGUAAUCCCGGAUCACAUCCCUACAGGCAGAGGUUGACUGUCACCAUUGACAGCUCAUCCAAACAGCACAGAGGAGAUAGAUGCAGCUUCCCAAAGGAAGAACUGCUGGCCUGACCCAAACCACAUCUGCCCAGGUCAUCAUGGAAAUCCAGAACAAAAGGGUCCCUGGAAGCACAUGGUCCAGGUGGCAAUGUGGAAAAUUGGCCAUGACUGUGUUUCUUUGCAUUCUAUGGAUGCAGUAAAUUGGAAUUUCGGGAAAAAGUGUGCAAUGCAGUAUCUAGCGUUUGCAAAAUUAUCUAUGUGGCCAGAAUAAAGUUUGUUUCUGGUGCCAAA